GUUUUUACAAGGAACCGAUUUCAACCUUCACCCUUUGCAAGUUAAAUUAGGAAACGGACUCUCCAGAAAUCAAAUUGAAUGUAGACUACAGUACACAUAAGAAGAAUGGAAGGGCUUAUACCUGUGAUAAACAAACUCCAAGAUGUGUUUAAUACUGUCGGUUCAGAAGUGAUUAACUUGCCUCAGAUUGUAGUGAUAGGCAACCAGAGCUCUGGUAAAAGUUCUGUACUUGAAAGUUUGGUGGGGAGAGAUUUUUUGCCGAGAGGUACUGGUAUUGUGACCCGUCGACCUCUGGUUCUCCAGCUGAUCCAUGUCAGCAAAAGUGACAGAGAGACGAGAGCUCAAGAUGGAGAUCCUAUUAAAGCAGAAGAAUGGGGAAAAUUCUUACACACAAAAAAUAAAAUUUACACAGACUUCCAGGAGAUCAGAAGUGAAAUUGAGAAUGAAACUGACAGAAUGACAGGGUCAAACAAGGGAAUAUGCCCAGAGCCAAUCAACCUGAAAAUCUAUUCUCCGACAGUGGUAAACUUGACAUUGGUAGACUUACCUGGAAUGACCAAGGUUCCAGUUGGAGAUCAGCCUGAGGAUAUAGAGCUCCAGAUCCGAGACCUGUGUAUGGAUUACAUCCAGAAUCCAAAUUCUAUCAUCCUGGCAGUGUGUGCUGCUAACACAGACAUGGCCACAUCAGAAUCUCUCAAGCUUGCCAAAGAGGUGGAUCCAGACGGUCGCCGUACGUUGGCCGUGCUGACAAAGCUUGACCUGAUGGAUCAUGGGACAGAUGCUAUGGAAGUUUUGUGUGGACACAUCAUACCUGUUAAACUUGGCAUAAUAGGUGUUGUCAACAGGAGUCAGGCAGACAUCAACACACAAAAGGAUAUGAGAGAAGCUUUAAAAGAUGAGGCAUCAUUUCUGCAGAGAAAGUACCCUUCCAUUGCCAGCCGACAUGGCUCACACUAUUUAGCCAGAACUCUCAACAGACUGCUGAUGCAUCAUAUUAGAGACUGUCUUCCGGAGCUGAAAACUCGAGUCAAUGUGUCUAUAGCCCAGUUUCAGUCGCUGUUGAAUUCCUUCGGAGAACCAGUAGAAGACAAAAGUCAGCUGUUACUACAAAUUAUCACCAGAUUUGCGACAGCUUACUGCAGCACGAUAGAGGGAAACUCCAAGAAUAUCGAAACCUCGGAACUGUGUGGAGGGGCAAGGAUAUGCUACAUUUUCCAUGAGACAUUUGGUCGGACACUGGAGAUUGUUAACCCCCUAGGAGGGUUAACUCCCUUGGACAUAUUGACAGCCAUUAGAAAUGCCACAGGCCCUAGACCAGCCCUUUUUGUACCUGAGGUUUCGUUUGAGCUGCUCGUCAAGCGACAAAUCCGGCGCCUGGAGGAGCCGAGCUUACGUUGUGUGGAGUUAGUUCACGAGGAAAUGCAGAGGAUUAUACAGCACUGCGGAACACAGCAAGAAAUGUUGAGAUUUCCCAAACUCCAUGAAAAGAUUGUAGAUGUCGUUACAAACUUGCUUAGACGGCGACUUCAACCAACAAACAUUAUGGUACAAAAUUUAGUAGCUAUAGAGUUAUCCUAUAUUAAUACCAAACAUCCGGAUUUUCAUGAAGCUAACUUAUUCCAAAGGUCACAGGAAUUGGAAAUGACUAAACAUCUGAAUGAUUUCCAUGUUAAUAAUGAAUCUACUAAAGAUAAUAAGAAAGUAAAUACUGGUAAAAUUUCAAACUUUUUGCGGGGUCAGGGUGACAUACAGCAGCAAGAUUCGUCACAGGCAAGCAGCCCGGCCAGUAGUCGACCUGAUUCACCGGCUCAUAGUAUCAAAGGCGUGAACCUUCUGUCUGAUGUACCACAGCCCACUUCUAGAAAACUUUCACCCCGGGAACAGAGAGACUGUGACGUUAUAGAGAGACUGAUCCGGUCCUACUUCCUGAUUGUGAAGAAGAACAUACAGGACACAAUACCCAAAGCAAUCAUGCACUUCCUGGUGAAUUUUGUGAAGGACAAUCUUCAGAGUGAGCUCGUUAGCUCGCUGUACAAGAAGGAGGAGCUCGAGUUCCUUCUAGAGGAAUCUGAACACAUAGCACAGAGACGCAAUGAGGCCAGUGAUAUGUUACAGGCACUUCAAAGAGCCAGUCAAAUCAUUGGGGAGAUUCGUGAAAUUCAUCUCUGGUAAUGAAGUGUAAGGUAUACCAUAGAGUGGUAAUGAAGUCUAUAGAGUAUACCUUAGAGGGAUUUGUCAUUGAUCCAUAACAAAUCAACUAAAGACAGCUGCUAUAUGUUCCCACAUGUACAAUGAUAAAAAUAUUAAACUAACCUUCAUGCUGCGUGUCUAAUUCAGGUGUUUAUAUCUUCUGCAUAGUGCUACAAAUCAAAGUGAAAGUAAGAUGUAUUUAUUGAUUUGUUUUCUGUUUUCAUUUUUCAUAGUUUCAGAAUUGAGCAUCAUUGUAAAUGAAUUGACUUUGUGUGUAGAGAGUUCUGCUCAUUGAUUUAUGUAAUGGAUAAUGUAACUGUUAUUUUAAUUGAUGUUUUCAAUUAUGGCUAUGUAAAAAAAUAAUUUGCGACAUACAUUUUAAUAGGUACACACUACGUAUUGUAAUAAAAUUUCAUCUUAUACACGUAACUAUCGUCAUAUUGUUAGUUCCUCUGCUCUGGUGCAAUUGAUGAGCAUAAUCUAAUUUUCAUUGACUAAAUUUUUUUCAAGUUUUCAUUUAACAGAACUGCUCUUAAAAAUUCCAAGUACCGGUGUGCGUAUUAAUAACAAAACAUUAUACAGGUCUAGUUCAAUGUGUAGGUAAAGAUGUUUACUAAACAAGGACAAUUGUUGAUCUAGUGAAACAAAAAUACCACUAGUUCUCAUUGGGGAAAAACACGCAAUACAACUUGUUAUUAGAACAGGUUUUGAACUUGAUGUUUAAAAUGUAAGAUGUAAAUUAACAAUUUGUCCAAUUCAUCUGGUGAAUAGAUUAAGUAUAGCCAAUCAGAGAUAAUGUUAGUCACUAUUACCAGUAUUCAUGUGAACGGAGAUGUAGGAUGGAGUAAAACUCCCACUAUUUAUUGCUAAUAACAUGGGGCACACUAUUUAUGUUUUUUACAAGUCUAGUGCUUAAGAAUUUGUGUUUAUCAGUAUUUGUAACUUUGAUACAAAUUGUACAUGUGAAUUGACAUGUCUUUCAGUUAUUUCUAACUAAUCAUUUCUUCAUGUACAUCAUAACCUGUGCAGUGUAUUUUGACUGCAUGUACUAGUUCUACAGUACAUAUAAACUUUGAUCAACAUGAGGUAGAUUGGAAUUGUGUGUAUGUAUUGUCAUCAUGUAGUGAAUUGUUCUAUAAUGCAUUCACCAGUGUAGAGGCCAUUUUGAUGCAUGUUUUUUUGUUUUUUUUUGUAAUGGGAGAUAUUUGUUUCUGUAUCAUAGAAGAUGUUGUGUUUGUAUGUGUAAAUGGAAUUGACACCUGAACCAUCACAAAUUGUGACAUGCACCAAUGUUAAUCACGAUGUACAUUGUAAAUCAAUGUGCAUUUUUUAACAAAACAAUUUUGAGGAAUACUUGUAAUGAAAUGUAUGAUUAAUACUUUUGAAUUAUUUUCAAUAUGUGAUUGUACUUAAUAUAAAGAUUGAUAAAGAAUAUGUAGCAUUGAAUGGAAAUUAUUGAAAUAAGAUUGAUUUUAAAAUAAGAUAUAACAUUUUUUUUUCUAGGAAUAUGAAAUAAUAAUGAAUUUUUUAAGUGUAAAUGUUAAACAUUAUCUUGUAUAUACCUGUAUGUACUUCCUCAGAGUAUCGUAACAUUAAAUGAUAGAGAUUCUGUA